AUGAAGAUCCUGCUAAUUAUAUUUGUCCUAAUCAUUUGGACUGAAACAUUGGCAGACCAGAGCCCAGGGCCAGGCCCUGAGUAUGCAGAUGUUGUGUUUCUGGUGGACAGCUCUGAUCACCUGGGACCUAAGUCGUUCCCAUUUGUCAAAACGUUCAUCAACAAAAUGAUCAAUAGUCUCCCCAUAGAGACCAACAAAUACCGUGUAGCCCUGGCCCAGUACAGCGAUGAGUUUCACAGUGAAUUCCAUCUGAACACCUUUAAAGGUAGGAGCCCCAUGCUGAACCACCUCAAGAUGAACUUUCAGUUCAUUGGCGGGUCCCUGCAGAUAGGAAAGGCUCUUCAGGAGGCUCACAGGACCUAUUUCUCCACACCCACAAAUGGGAGAGACAGGAAACAAUUUCCCCCAAUUUUGGUGGUCCUGGCUUCGGCUGAGUCUGAGGAUGAAGUGGAAGAGGCUUCAAAAGCCCUGCAGAAAGACGGGGUGAAAAUUAUCUCUGUGGGGGUGCAGAAAGCUUCUGAGGAAAAUCUGAAGGCCAUGGCCACGUCCCGUUUCCAUUUCAACCUUCGGACAAUCAGAGACCUCAGCACAUUUUCCCAAAACAUGACACAGAUCAUCAAGGAUGUAACCAAGUACAAGGAGGGAGCCAUCAAUGCUGAUAUGCAAGUUCCCUUCCCCAUGUCCUGUCAGAAAGAUUCACUUGCUGACCUCGUGUUCCUGGUGGAUGAGUCACUUGGGACCAGAGGAAAUUUAAGGCAUCUUCAGACCUUCCUGGAGAACAUUACCAGCUCCAUGGAUGUGAAGGAAAAUUGCAUGCGACUUGGACUGAUAAGUUACAGCAGUAGUGCCAAGACUAUUUCUUUUCUUAAAUCAAGCACAACCCAAUCUGAAUUUAAGCAGCAAAUCAAGAAUCUUUCCAUUCAAGUUGGGAAAUCCAAUACAGGGGCUGCCAUUGAGCACAUGAGAAGAGACGGCUUCUCAGAGUCAUAUGGCAGCAGAAGAGCACAGGGAGUGCCUCAGAUUGCAGUCCUGGUCACCCACAGACCAUCAGAUGAUAAGGUGCAUGAUGCUGCACUGAACCUUCGGCUGGAAGAUGUUACAGUGUUUGCCUUGAGCAUCCAAGGGGCUAACAAUACCCAGUUACAAGAAAUAGUGUCUUACCCUCCAGAACAGACAAUUUCCAUGCUGAAGUCCUAUGCAGACUUAGAAACUUAUAGUACAAAGUUCCUAAAAAAACUCCAGAAUGAAAUAUGGUCCCAAAUUUCUACUUAUGCUGAACAAAGGAAUCUUGAUAAAACUGGCUGUGUGGAUACCAAAGAGGCUGAUAUCCAUUUCCUCAUUGAUGGCUCAAGCAGCAUCCAGGAGAAAGAGUUUGAGCAAAUCAAGAGAUUUAUGUUGGAAGUGACAGAAAUGUUUAGCAUUGGCCCAGACAAAGUCCGAGUUGGAGUUGUGCAGUAUUCAGAUAAUACAGAAGUAGAAUUUUAUAUCACUGACUAUUCUAAUGACAUUGACUUAAGAAAGGCUAUUUUUAACAUUAAGCAACUAACUGGUAGAACUUAUACUGGGAAAGCUCUGGAUUACAUACUACAGAUAAUAAAAAAUGGAAGUAAGGAUAGAAUGAGCAAGGUUCCCUGUUACCUCAUUGUGUUGACUGAUGGGAUGUCCAUGGACAGAGUCAUGGAACCUGCUGAGAGACUAAGGGCUGAGCAAAUCACCAUUCACGCAGUUGGCAUUGGGGCAGCUAAUAAAAUAGAACUGCAAGAAAUUGCUGGGAAAGAAGAAGGGGUUAGCUUUGGGCAGAACUUUGACGCUUUGAAAAGCAUAAAAAAUGAAGUUGUUCGUGAAAUCUGCACUGAAAAAGGAUGUGAAGACAUGAAGGCUGACAUCAUGUUUCUGGUGGACAGUUCUUGGAGUAUAGGAAAUGAAAAUUUUAGGAAAAUGAAAAUCUUCAUGAAAAAUCUGUUAACUAAGAUUCAAAUUGGUGCAGACAAAACCCAGAUUGGCGUUGUUCAGUUCAGUGAUAAAACUAAGGAAGAGUUCCAGCUCAAUAGAUACUUUACACGGCAAGAAAUUUCUGAUGCAAUAGAUAGAAUGUCUCUCAUCAAUGAAGGCACUUUCACUGGAAAGGCACUAAAUUUUGUAGGUCAAUACUUCACCCACUCCAAGGGGGCCCGUUUGGGAGCCAAAAAAUUUCUCAUUCUCAUCACAGAUGGAGUAGCUCAGGAUGAUGUGAGAGAUCCUGCUAGAAUUCUUCGGGGCAAAGAUGUGACCAUCUUCUCUGUAGGAGUAUACAAUGCCAAUAGAUCUCAGCUAGAAGAGAUCAGUGGGGAUGGCAGCUUAGUUUUUCACGUUGAGAACUUCGAUCAUCUGAAGGCACUAGAAAGGAAACUUGUCUUUCGUGUGUGUGCUCUCCAUGAUUGUAAAAGGAUUACAGGACUAGAUGUUGUGUUUGUGCUGGAUCAUUCAGGUAGCAUAAAAAAACAAUAUCAAGAUCACAUGAUUAACCUAACUAUCCAUUUGGUGAAGAAAGCAGAUGUUGGCAGAAACGGAGUUCAGUUUGGAGCCCUCAAAUACUCUGACCAACCUAACAUCCUUUUCUACCUUAAUACGUACUCGAACAGAUCAGCAAUAAUUGAGAAUCUGAGGAUGCGCAGGGACACUGGAGGGAACACCUACACUGCCAAGGCUCUCAAGCAUGCAAAUGCCCUGUUUACAGAGGAGCAUGGCAGCCGCAUCAAGGAAAAUGUGAAGCAGAUGCUGAUUGUCAUCACUGAUGGGAAAUCUCGUGACCAUGAUGAGCUCAAUGACACAGCAUCAGAACUGAGAGACAAAGGCAUCACCAUCUUUGCAGUGGGUGUAGGAAAGGCCAACCAAAAGGAACUUGAGGGUAUGGCAGGGAAUAAAAACAAUACUAUCUAUGUAGAUAAUUUUGACAAACUGAAAGAUGUUUUCACACUUGUUCAAGAAAGUAUGUGUACUGAAGCACCAGAAGUCUGUAGUCUUCAGGAAGCUGAUGUGAUUUUCCUUUGCGAUGGCUCUGACAGGGUAUCUAAUUCAGAUUUUGUUACCAUGACAACUUUCUUGUCAGACUUAAUUGAUAAUUUUGACAUUCAGUCUCAAAGAAUGAAAAUUGGUACGGCUCAAUUUGGAAGUAACUACCAGAGUAUUAUUGAUUUGAAAAACUCUCUGACUAAAACCCAGUGGAAGAAUCAAAUUCAGAAUGUCUCCAAGAGCAGUGGGUUUCCGAGAAUUGACUUUGCCCUUAAAAAAGUGAGCAACAUGUUUAAUCUAUAUGCUGGUGGGAGAAGAAAUGCUGGUGUCCCCCAAACUUUGGUUGUUAUCACAUCUGGAGAUCCUCACUAUAAUGUGGCAGAUGCAGUAAAAACCCUGAAGGACCUUGGAAUUUGUAUCCUGGUUUUGGGCAUAGGAGAUGUUUCUAAGGAACAGCUUCUGCCAAUAACAGGCAAUUCUGAAAAAAUAAUCACUUUUCAAGACUUUGAUAAGUUAAAGAAUGUGGAUGUGAGAAAAAGGAUCAUCCGUGAAAUUUGCCAGAGCUGCGGGAAAACCAAUUGCUUUAUGGACAUAGUGGUUGGGUUCGACAUCUCCACUCAUGUGCAGGGGCAGCCUUUGUUCCAGGGCCACCCCCAGCUGGAAUCCUACCUCCCAGGCAUCUUAGAAGAUAUCAGCUCUAUCAGGGGGGUGAGCUGUGGGGCUGGCACAGAGGUGCAGGUGAGUUUGGCAUUUAAGGUGAACAAUGACCAAGAAUUCCCUGCCAAGUUCCAGAUCUAUCAGAAAGCGGUGUUUGACAGCUUGCUGCAAGUCAACGUCAGUGGGCCAACUCAUCUGAACGCACAGUUCUUGCAGUCUCUUUGGGACACAUUUAAGAAUAAAUCUGCAUCCCGGGGCCAGGUGCUGCUUAUUUUUUCAGACGGUCUCCAGGGUGAAAGCAACAUAAUGCUUGAAAAUCAAUCAGACAGGCUCAAAGAAGCAGGACUUGAUGCUCUGCUGGUAGUGUCCCUUAACACAACUGCUCAUCAUGAGUUUUCUAACUUUGAAUUUGGAAAAGGAUUCAAUUACCGGACUCAUCUGACUAUUGGAAUGAGAGAGCUGGGCAAAAAACUCUCACAGUACCUGGGAAACAUUGCAGAGAGGACUUGCUGCUAUACAUUCUGCAAAUGUCCAGGAAUUCCAGGACCUCAUGGGACCCGAGGACCACAAGCCAUGAAGGGUUCUCAAGGUCUGAAAGGCAGCAAAGGACACAGGGGAGAGGACGGAGACCCCGGAGUACGAGGAGAUGCAGGACCCCAAGGAGAUAAAGGGAUUGCAGGAUGUCCAGGGGAGCAGGGUAAGAAGGGACCCAAAGGAUUUUCUGGACCUAAGGGAGGACAUGGAGACGAUGGGUUUGAUGGACUUGAUGGGGAAGAGGGCUCUCAUGGAUUUCCUGGAAUAAAAGGAGAAAAAGGUGAUCCAGGAUCUCAGGGCAGCCCAGGUUCCAGAGGUGUCCCUGGGCAGUGUGGAGAGAAGGGCUUCCCAGGAGAUCCAGGUAAUCCAGGACAAAACAGUAACAUCAAAGGACAAAAGGGCUCCAAAGGAGAACAAGGCAGACAAGGUAGAGCUGGACAGAAAGGGGUGCAAGGCAGUCCUAGUUCCACAGGAAGCAGGGGAAGAGAAGGUCGAAGGGGACUCCAAGGUGUCUCAGGAGAACCAGGAAAUCCUGGACCUACAGGCACAUUGGGAGCUGAAGGAUUACAAGGCCCACAGGGGUCACAGGGAAAUCCUGGCAGGAAAGGAGAAAAAGGAAGCCAGGGGCACAAAGGACCUCAGGGUUCUCCUGGGCCAAUGGGAGCCAAAGGGAGCACUGGAAGACCUGGACUUUUGGGGAAAAAAGGAGAGCCUGGACUUCUUGGAGAUCCAGGGCCAGUGGGGCAAACUGGGCAGCGAGGAAGACAGGGAGAUUCUGGCAUCCCAGGCUAUGGUCAGAUGGGACGAAAAGGAAUAAAGGGCCCAAGAGGAUUCCCUGGAGAUGUGGGGCAGAAGGGUGAUAUUGGUGAUCCUGGAAUUCCUGGGGGACCUGGACCCAAAGGAUUUAGGGGACUAGCACUCACUGUAGGCUUGAGAGGUGAAGAGGGAUCUCAAGGACUCCCAGGCCCUCCUGGACAGAGAGGCAUUAAAGGCAUGGCAGGGCAGCCUGUAUAUUCUCAAUGUGAUCUGAUCCGGUUUUUGCGGGAACGUAGUUCUUGCUGGAAAGAAAAAUGUCCGGUAUAUCCAACAGAGUUAGUAUUUGCUCUGGACAAUUCCUAUGAUGUCACAGAAGAGAGCUUUAAUAAAACACGGGACAUUAUCACUUCCAUUGUCAAUGACCUUAACAUCAGGGAAAAUAACUGUCUUGUUGGAGCAAGAGUUGCCGUGGUUUCCUACAACUCAGACACCAGCUAUCUGAUCCGUUGGUCUGACUACAAUAGGAAGAAGCAACUCCUCCAGCAGCUUUCCCAAAUAAAAUAUCAAGACACCACAGAGCCCCGAGAUGUUGGUAAUGCAAUGAGGUUUGUGGCCCGUAACGUGUUCAAACGGACGUAUGCAGAAGCCAACAUGAGGAGAGUUGCUGUGUUUUUUAGCAAUGGUCAAAUGGCCGGUAGGUCGUCCAUCAUCACGGCCACCAUGGAGUUUAGUGCCCUGGAUAUCAGUCCAACAGUCUUUGCUUUUGAUGAGAGAGUUUUCCUUGAAGCUUUUGGGUUUGACAACACUGGAACAUUUCAGGUGAUUCCAGUUCCUCCAAAUGGGGAAAAUCAAACAUUAGAAAGACUUCGGCGCUGUACACUUUGCUAUGAUAAAUGUUUUCCAAAUGCUUGCAUUCAAGAGGCUUUCUUACUUGAAGAUUCAUACAUGGAUAUAGCCUUCCUCAUAGACAAUUCUCGGAAUAUAGCAAAGGAUGAGUUUAAGGCUGUGAAAGCCUUGGUGAGCUCAGUGAUUGACAACUUCAACAUUGCUUCAGACCCUUUAAUCUCAGACUCUGGUGAUAGGAUUGCCUUAUUGAGCUAUUCUCCUUGGGAAAGUUCCAGGAGAAAGAUGGGUACAGUAAAAACAGAGUUUGAUUUUACCACUUAUAACGACCAACUCCUAAUGAAGAAUCACAUCCAGACUUCCUUACAACAGCUAAAUGGAGAAGCCACAAUUGGUCGCGCCCUACUGUGGACCACUGAAAAUCUCUUUCCAGGAACACCCUAUCUAAGAAAACACAAGGUCAUCUUUGUGGUCUCAGCUGGAGAAAACUAUGAGAGAAAAGAAUUUGUAAAAAUGAUGGCUUUGAGGGCUAAGUGUCAAGGCUAUGUCAUAUUUGUGAUUUCUCUGGGCCCUACACGUAAGGAUGACAUGGAGGAGUUAGCCAGCUACCCACUUGAUCAGCACCUGAUACAGCUUGGGAGAAUACAUAAACCAGAUCUGAAUUAUAUUCUGAAGUUCUUAAAGCCAUUUUUAUACUCAGUCAGGCGGGGAUUCAAUCAGUACCCACCACCGAUGCUUGAGGAUGCCUGUAGUCUCAUCAAUUUAGAAGGAGAGAAUGAUCGAAAUGAUGGUUUCCAGUUUACUACUGAGCUACAAGAAGAUUUUUCAGGAGAGAAUGACUUCAUUGGCCAAGAAUUAAAUUCUGGGAGAGAAUCAUCUUUUGUAAAGAUAGAGGACAAUGGAAGUGACUAUUUCGUUUACCUUCCAAGCCCAGUGUCUGAGCCACAAAAAUUAAUGAUCAGUUAUGAAAAAGAUAAAAAAUCUGCAGACAUUGCAAGUCUCACUUCUGGACAUGAAAAUUAUGGCAGAAAAGAAGAACCAGAUCAUACUAAUGAACCUGGAGAUGUCUCUCUUCAAGAAUAUUACAUGGAUGUGGCUUUCCUUAUAGAUGCUUCCCAAAGAGUAGGAAGUGAUGAGUUUAAGGAAGUAAAAGCUUUUAUAACCUCAGUGCUUGAUUACUUUCACAUCGCCCCCAAUCCACUGACCUCCACCUUAGGAGACAGGGUUGCUGUCUUGAGCUACUCUCCCCCAGGCUAUAUGCCUAACACUGAAGAAUGCCCUGUCUACCUGGAAUUUGAUUUGGUUACUUACAACAGUAUACACCAAAUGAAACAUCAUCUCCAAGACUCUCAACAGCUCAAUGGAGAUGUUUUUAUUGGCCAUGCCUUGCAGUGGACAAUUGACAAUGUCUUUGUAGGAACCCCCAAUCUGAGGAAAAACAAAGUUAUCUUUGUAGUAUCUGCUGGCGAAACCAACCCUUUAGACAAAGAAGUCUUAAGGAAUGUGUCUCUGAGAGCCAAGUGUCAAGACUACACCAUAUUUGUGUUUUCCUUUGGCCCUAAACACAAUGACAAAGAAUUGGAAGAAUUAGCCAGCCACCCUCUGGAUCAUCACUUGGUCCAACUUGGCCGAACCCACAAGCCAGAUUGGAACUAUAUCAUCAAGUUUGUCAAGCCAUUUGUCCAUUUAAUCAGACGUGCCAUCAACAAAUAUCCCACCAAAGAUAUGAAAGCCACAUGUGUUAACAUGACCUCUCCCAACCCAGAGAACGGUGGCACAGAAAACACUGUAUUACUUAUUCCUGGGAUAUAUGAAAUAAAGACAGAAAAUGGUGAGCUGUUUGAUGAAUCUGAUUCCCAGGUGCAACAUUUCCUUGUAUUAGGCAACAAUCAUAGUAAUGGUUCUGGGACAGCUACUGAUUUGAUGCAGAAGUUAUACCUGCUCUUUUCAACUGAGAAAUUGGCAAUGAAAGACAAGGCAAAAGCACAUUUAGAAGAAAUUUCAGCUCCAGUGGUUGAUAAACAGCAAGAAAAAGAAGAUGGUGAAGAUACAAGGUCAUCAUAGGAGAAAAGAAGAUAGCUCCACUGACAUGUAUAAUCCUAUGUAGUUCUAACCAGAAUGUAUAAUCAUCUAUUAGAG